AUUAAAUGAAAUUACCAAAGCACCCUUGAACUUCUAGAUAUUGUUAGGAGACCUCAAUUCUCUCAUUUCCCAAGCAGUCUCCGGCAGCAAUGGAUGCACUUGUACGGACGCCACAUAUGACGGCAAAUCUCACUCCAAAGCUCGUCAGAGUGGUGGGCAAUGGAGGGAUUACAUGGAACCAAACCCCUUUUUUGACAUUCUCAAAAGGGUACUCUUCAAUUUCUGCAAAUAGGCUAAGAAAAUCAGUGGUUGCUGAGGCAAAGAAGAGGAAGAAAGACAGCGUCGAUGCCCACAACUUCGUCCCCAAACCAGAUGAAGCCACCGGCGUUUUCCCUGAAGCUGUGCUGCUCAAAGAGAAGAAAGCUCAGGAAGAUGGUAGUUUUCUCCCAGAGUUUGCAGAUGUUGAAGAAGAAGAACUUUAUGAAUUUCUGAAUCUUCAGCUGGAAAGUGAUUUGAAUGUGGAACGAAUGCGCCACUACGAAGUGGUUUAUUUAAUACAUGAGAAGCAUGAUGAGGAGGUUGAGAAUGUCAAUUCCAAAGUGCAAGAUUUUAUAAGGGAGAAAAAGGGUAAGAUUUGGCGACUGAACGAUUGGGGUCUUCGAAGACUAGCGUACAAGAUACAGAAAGCAAAGAAUGCCCACUACAUCUUGAUGAACUUCGAGCUGGAAGCCCAAUGGAUUAAUGAUUUCAAGACCAUGCUAGACCAAGACGAAAGAGUCAUCCGGCACCUUGUAAUAAAGAGAGACGAGGCAAUCACAGAGGACUGCCCCCCUCCUCCUGAGUUCCACACUCUUCGAGCAGGUACCAAUGAUUAUGAUGACGAGGAGGAUGAUGUAGACUAUGAUGAUGAAGAUGAUUGGGAUGGUGAGGGUGAGGUGGACUCAAACAGCUACAGUGAUGAUGUCGUAGAUGUUAUUGUUCCUGUCAACAGUGAUGAUAGAGAAGAUAAGAAUGUUGGAAGGAGAAACUUGAGAGCUGAGAAAGUAGGUAGGUAGUUACUUUCUGUUGUCAUUUAAUUUGUGUUUUGUUUUGAGAGAGAUCCAGAACAGAGUCAUGAAUUUUGUUUUUGGGUACAGUUUUGUUUUGUAUGACACUUUUAAGUACUGAAAGGAAGGUAUAUUUUGAAUA